AUGGGAGAAAUUCGCAACGUUCCGAAGAUAGAUAUUGAUACAGUUGGAGUAAUAGAUGCAUUAAUGGAAAACGAUCGUCUGAAUGAGGAGCUUGCGGAACUCAUCUUGGAGAGAGAACGUGCCAUCGCACUGUACAAUGCCGCUUUGGACCGCUUGGUGCAUAUUCAGGACGAUUUCGAAAACUUACAAAUCGAUGCGGUAGAAGACUCUGAAAAUGAAGUUGAGGACUCCGAAAAUAAAGAUGAUGACUCUGAAAACGAAAUUGAGGUUUGCGAUCGCCAGACACAAACUAUUGAUAGUCAGGAAGAUAAUGUCAUUGUACAGGAGGAUACUACUGAUGACAAGGAAAAGAAUGAGGAGUAG